AAAGAAACAAGAAAAGAAAGGAUGGGCGUUCAUCUUCUUCAGUGUGUGUAUCGCCAUGUGGAGGACGGCAACGGGAGUUGUAUUUUAAAGUUGCCUACCCUAUCGCGGUGUAUCAUCCCGUUUACAGCCACAAAAAGUUGUUUUAAUUAACUUUUUUUUGUUUUUUUGCAAGCGUUUUCCUCGCCACCUCGACCGUUUUUUCUCCACUAGUCGUUUUCUCCAGUUUUACCACGAAGCCGAAUCACUUUUUUAGCAACACGCAGUUUGUUUUACAGUUUUAAAACUCGACUUUUUAUGAUUUUUUUCCCCCCCAGUAAGUUAAAGGAGGAAUAGUGAUUGUUUUACUCGCCUGUCCCGUCGCCAUGGAGAAGCUGGACUGUCACUCAACGCCGCGCGACUACGCAAAUCCCUUCGUGCACGAGGUGAAGCUGACCACGGCGCAAAGGAUAAGGGGCAUAAUCUUGGGCAGCAUCCUCUUCCCUCUUCGCGUCACCAUGGCGGCGAUCUUCUUCCUCAUCAUGUGGCCCCUGGCGCGGCUUCGAUUGGCCGGCCUGUCCGAGGAGGAGCGCUCCCGGCCCGUGACAGGCUGGCGCCGCUGGCUCUUCCACCCGAUCAUUUUAGUGCUGAGCCGGGCGGUCUUCUUUUCCCUGGGCUUCCUGUGGGUGAAGAUCAAAGGUCGCCGGGCAGACCUGAAGGAGGCGCCGGUGCUGGCAGUGGCGCCCCACAGCGGCUUUCUGGACAUGCUGGUGCUGUGUCCGACCCAGCUGGCAACCGUGGUGUCACGCUCUGAGAACAGCAGCCUGCCUGUCAUAGGAGCUUUACUGGAGUUCAACCAGUCGGUGCUGGUCAGUAGGAAAGAUCCGGAGUCGAGGAAGAAGGCGGUGGCCCAGAUCACAGAGAGGGUCACGUCCAAUGGCUACUGGCCUCAGAUGCUGAUGUUUCCCGAGGGAACCACUACUAAUGGCUCUGCUCUCAUCAAGUUCAAGCCUGGUGCUUUCCUCGCCGGAGUCCCAAUCCAACCUGUUCUGCUGCACUACCCCAAUAAACUGGAUACCGUGCGGUGGACUUACAAGGGGACAACCUGGGUUGAGGCACUGUGGCACACCACGUCACAACUCUACACCAACAUGACAGUAGAGUUCCUCCCGGUUUACAACCCGACUGAGGAGGAGAAACAGGAUCCCAACCUGUACGCCGACAAUGUUCAGAAACUCAUGGCCAAGGCCCUGGGAGUCCCAGCCACCGACUACGUGAUGGAGGGCGGGGUUCCCGUCAGCAAACUGGGGAGCCUCUCUCUGCCGAUGGAGUCGCCCGCCAGGGAAACGCUCUCGCUGUUGCGCAAAGACGGCCUGGGAGCGUCGGAGGUGGAGGCUGCGCUGGGCCGAGUGAUUGACAGGUGUCAGUCAGGAGGCGAGGACUUCAAAGCCACCGCCGACGAGCUGGCUGCCCUUAUCGGGCUGACGGAGACGGGGACAGCUGUCACCAUCUGUGGCCUCUACUCCAAGGAUAAAACCGUGGACCUCAGACAGAUCUACCUGAGCGUUGCCGCCCUCUCUGGCUUCGUCAGCUUCAAGUCGCUCCUUCACACGGCUUUCACUCUGUUCGACAGGGAGGGCAGAGGCAGCCUGGGUGCGGUGGAGCUGUCAGACCUCAUGGGGGCGCUGCUGGGUGUCCCUCAGCACCACACGGCUGAACUUUACGCCGAGGCCUCCAGUGAAGGCCAGCUUACUGAACGCUCCUGGUUCGAGCUGGACCUGGACUGGAGAGCUGCCGGGUGGGCGGAGUCAUCGGAGAUGGCAGCUGUCCAGUUUGUGGUGGGAUAUGUGACGUGGAGGGAGCCUCCUGAUGCUCUUCCAGCUGCAGUUGCUCUGGCUUUGUGUUUAUUGUUAUACUGGUGCAUGAUGGGUGUGUGUAGGAUUGGCUGGGGCUAAACUUGCGUCGUUUUUUAGGAGUUGACGCUGCGGUUGGCAGCAUGUCUGUGGGUAGCUGGCACGGGACAGGAUGCUGGAGCUGGAUGCUGAGGUGAGAGAAGUCAUCCUGCAGGGCCUCCUCACUGUCCUGUUGACUGGUCUGCAGAGCUCCUGGGGCAAAACAUGGCUCCAGAGGCAGGGAGGCAGAUCCCAUCACUUCUGUGGCCAACCCUGGUCCUUGGUUCUUCGUUGGUUCAAGUAAAGAUGUCUGCUCAGGUGGGACUGGAUCUCCACCUGGAAUCGGAAAUUGUGAUGAAGGCAAGCUAGGGCUCCUGCGUUCGUCCUGCAUCCCGCUUAACGUGCUGUUCUCAGACCUGGGAUUUGAAUUGUCCAUCCUCUCUGGUGUUUCUGCAGAUGUGGAGGGCAGCUGUGAUCAAUCCCUGGUCUGAUGUGGCUCUGAUGAGUGCAGCUGUUCAACACAUCUGUUUCACGGUGACCGAGUCUGGUCGGGAUCUAGUGGAGAUGAUGUUAUGUCUGAGAUCUGAGGCGUAUAAGCCAGCAGGUUAUAUAAUAUAUUAAUAAGAGAUAUGACAAAGUGACUACAGCGAGCUCAGGCAUCCAUUGAAACACAUGAAAACCUGUCCUCAUAACAUGAAAGAUUUUUUUUUUUUUUUUAUAAGUAAACAUCUUCAGGUGCUUCCUAACCUCAGCAGACACCAUAAUGUGCCGACUUUUUCCUUUUAGCAACCAGUGAGGUAGAGUUGAUUAUCACUGUGGAAGAAAUAUCUAAGGAAACUCUUAAAUUGUCAUUAUUGACUUAUUGUUAGGCCCUAUUAUUGACCAACGUAGGCUAGAUCUAUAGUGAUAGAACUGAAACUGGUGAGCAAAAUUCAACUAACCUUGCAAUAACUAAUCUAAAUAAAUACCCAUAACGAAA